GCAGCUCCGUGAGCUCCUGACUUUAUUCUCCUGCGUUAGUUUAGUGGCAAAGGAACUUUUGAAAAGCCAAGAGCAGUGUUAGGGAGAUCCUGGGAGAUGCUGUGGCUGCACUGAAAAGUACUCACUUUUCAGGGUGUUUUGAGAAUCAGAAGUCAUACUUUGUGUCUUUUUUAUGACCCCAAAGAUCCUAGCGUCACUAAAUUUUUAUUAUAAUUUAAACAAACCAGCUUAACUUCUUUCUAAUUUCAUUUUUAUGGCCUUCGCCUUUUAUGGCAGAAAAGAAUGGGUUUAGCAGGAUGAGGUAAAAUUAGUUUUGUCUCUAGCCUGUGCCAUGGCUGCGUGGCCCCUCUUCCCCCAUUCCCUAACGCUUUGUUCAUGUGCCAGCGGUUGGAUGCCGGCGCUGGUUUGCUUAUUCUACUCUGUUGGCAAUCAGUGGCUCAUAUAGCUGUCAGCAUCUUAAAUAGCCACGGUCAUAGUCUUCUGCAAGUGCCCUGCAAUCUUUAACCAGCCUGCCAAUAUGUUGUACAGUUUUAGACUCUAAAUUUACAUCCAACUGAUAAUAGAAAAUAAUUGGUUGGCCCAGCGUUAAUAAAGAAAUGCAGGCAUAGCGUAUCUCCCAAAUUUUAAUGUCCUGCUUCCACGAAAACCUUCCUCUUAUGGUUUAUUCUGCACCUGGGCUUUGGUUCUGCAUCUGGCUCCAUUUGAUACUAACAGCACAGUACAAGGAUAGAAUGUGUAAAACCAGCAACUUUUGUUCCUUAAUAUCUCAGAUGAAUAAUGAUAAAAAUAGCUUGCUUCAUCCUUUUGAAGACUCUGGGAAGAAAGGGUAUUAAAACUGCUUUUCCCUCCACCCCAGCCUAAUCCACGUGGUUUCUUACAGUAAUUCAGAGCUGCUCAGUUUUCUAGUGUGUUUCUUUACAGUGAUAAUGAAGAGCCAGGUUCCUUGCUGAGGGCUGAAUUAGGCUUUCAGAUACAUUGGUAGAUCACAUAUCACUGUAUAUAUUAGUGUUAUUCAUUAAUAAUACAAAUGAAAAUCGGGUAGCUAGGAUCAACAUAAAAGGAUCAUGAAUAGUAGAUUUCCCCCAUCUGCUCUACAUGUUUUCUAACUGCCAUCCAACAUAAGUUAUAGUAAAUAUAAUUCAUAGUGUCAAAGGAUACCACUCAAAGACAAUACGUUUUCUGAAUGUGGCUUUUGACAGUUCUGGAGAUUCUCUGCUCGCUGGAGACCACCAAGGGAAUAUAUAUGUUUUUGACUUGAAUGGAAACAGGUUCAACCUUGUUCAGCGAACGAUGCAGGCUUGCACUGCUUUGGCAUUUAAUCUUCGCAGAAAGACAGAAUUCUUGGUGGCUUUGGCAGAUUAUUCCAUUAAGUGCUUUGAUACAGAAACCCAGGAGCUGGUUAGUUGGAUGAGGGGGCAUGAUUCUUCAGUGUCUUCCAUCUCUGUCCAUGGCUCGGGCAGGUAUGCCAUCACCACGUCCACUGAUACAGCACAACUGUGGGACUUGGACACCUUUCAAAGAAAAAGAAAGCUGAAUGUUCGUCAGUCUGUGGGUAUCCAGAAGGUUUUUUUUCUUCCAUUGAGUAACACCAUCCUCAGCUGUUUCAAAGAUAAUUCUGUUUUCGCAUGGGAAUUUGACACUCUGCGCUGUAAAUACCAGUUGCCAACUCCUGUAGAAGGUUCUGCAUUACAGUAUAAGGUCUUUGCAGUUACCAGAGAUGGCCGGAUUUUUGUAGCUGGUGGAAAAUCAAAUCGUCUUCACUUAUGGUGUUUAGAAUCAAGAAAGUUGAUACGAAUAAUCCAGAUGCCUGCAAAAGUACGAGCUGUCCGUCACCUGGAAUUCCUCCCUGACAGUUUUGAUGGGGGCUCCAAUCAGGUCCUUGGAGUGUUAAGUCAAGAUAAUAUUAUGAGAUUUAUAAAUAUAGAAACAUGCAAACUUCUUUUUGACAUUGGGAGUCAUGAAGAGGGAAUCAGCACAGCAGCAAUUAGCCCCAAUGGACGGUAUAUUGCAUCAGUAAUGGAAAAUGGUAGCCUUAAUUUAUACAGUGUCCAAGCUUUGACUCAAGAAGGAAAUCAGCCUCCACCACCCACAUUCAAAGUAGUAGAAAAUCGGUCCAGGUGUCCAUCAGAGGCAAACAAACUGACAAUGAGAGUGACGUCAGGAAGGUCAGAGCGGCCUUGGAAAUCCAAAGAAAGCAAAAUUCAAAGCAGAUUGCUAAAACUGCAAGUGAACACGUCACCUGAAAAUAAAGAGAAUGAAUUGCCAGGUGGAUUAAACAAGAAACGCCUGCGGGCCUUACUGAAAGGAUUUGGAGAAUAUCCAGCAAAGUACAGGAUGUUUGUUUGGCGUUCCUUAUUACAACUUCCUGAAAACUACUUAGCAUUCAGUAGCCUAAUAGAUAAGGGUACCCACAGUGCUUUUGUGAACAUUCAAAAUGAGUAUCCCAUCAAAAGUCAGAAACUGCUGAGAGUUUUACAGAGGACCUUGUCAGCUCUAGCUCACUGGUCUGCUAUCUUUGCUGAGACGCCUUAUAUUCCUUUGCUAGCAUUCCCAUUUGUAAAAUUAUUCCAGAACAACCAGCUGAUCUGCUUUGAAGUUGUUGCUACAGUAGUAGUUAAUCUUUGUCAGCACUGGUUUGAGUAUUUUCCCAAUCCUCCAGUUAAUGUCCUUAGUAUGAUGGAAAAUGUUUUGGCACACCAUGACAAGGAACUACUUCAGCAUUUAAUAAAACAUAAUGUGACUGCACAGGUUUAUGCUUGGCCUCUUCUAGAAACACUGUUCUCUGAGGUUCUAACAAGAGAAGAAUGGCUGAAAGUCUUUGACAACAUCUUCUCCAACCAUCCUUCGUACUUCCUGAUGAUUGUUGUUUCCUACAUUAUAUGUUCCAGAGGUCCCUUGCUUCACUGUGAUCAAAAAGCAGAUUUUGAGUAUUUCUUUCAUCAUCGUAACAACCUGGACAUUAACGUUGUGAUUAAGGAAGCUUAUCAUCUUAUGGAGACUACACCACUAGAUAUCCAUCCGCAGCGUAUGCUUGAUGACUUCAUACCACUUACAAAAGGACAGUACCCUGUAUUUAAUAAGUAUCCCAAGUUCAUUGUGGAUUACAAAACUCAGGAAUGGGAGAGGAUCAGACAGGAUGAAAUUGAAUACUUACGAGAGAGACAAUUAGCACAUGAAUUAGAAGCUAAAGCACAGCAGUGGAAAGCAGAAGAUGAAGCCUGGUAUCGAAAGCAGGAAUUACUCCGAGAAGCUGAAGAACAGAGGCGAAAAAUGCUACUGGAAGAGGAGGAGAAGCUGGCGGAACAGAGGCAGAGACUAGCUGCUGUGAAAAGAGAAUUGAAAGUAAAGGAACUACAAUUUCUAGAUGCUUCGAGAAGGCGUUUUCUGAAAUACCAGCAAGAGCAGCGUCAGAUGGAACUGAAACGUCUGGGUGACGACAUUGCAAGAAAGGCAUCCAUGAGAGAGCAGGAAACAGCUGCUGCUAUUCGAGAUGUCGAAGUACAACGGAUGGAACUUGAGUCACAAAGACAGAUUUUUGAACAGCAUCUAAUCAAAGAUCAAGAGGCAGCUACAAAGGAAAUGAAAGAAGAGGUGGAUGCUUGUCGAAGAAAGGUGGAUCUAGAAGAUCAUCUUGUUCAGAGAUGGAUGGAAGUAGAUAGAGAAGAAAAGCAGAAAGCUCAGAAGGUGGCUGAGGAAAAUUUAGCCAAAGCAGAGCAGAAACGCCUUGACACCGACUGGAGGUUGCGAGCGUUGCAUAAACUGAAAGGUGGUGACCAGGCCUGUGAGAAGCGUUACCAAGAGAUCGCCAAGCUCCUGCAUGACAACAGGGUGAAGGAGGCUGAGCUGCUGGAGGCCAUGAGGGAAGCAGAAGAAAAAAAGUGGGAAGAAGUUACACAGAAAAAAGCUCAACUGGAAGCAGAGGAGAAGGCUGCAGCUGCUGCAGACGAGCACAGGAAGCAGUUUUUAGAGGACAAAAUGAAUGACACAUUCGAAUUGGCUGAAAAGCUGCAGAGAGAAGAUGGCUGUUUUGAGAGACUGUGUGAUUUAAAGGCUGGAUGUGCAGAGAGAGGGGCAGAACUCCAGCAGGAGUCUGGAAACAUCUGUCUGGAUGGUUUCUCUCCAUCGGAGUCAUCGUCACAUGUGUCCCUAGGGAGAAGAGGAGAAGAGCUGGCGAGGCGGGAGCGGGCGCUGCUGGCAGGAGUCAGGCGGCUCAGGCAGGAGCUGGCCUCGCGGGCUCGCAGCGGGCGUUCUCCAGCUCGGUUCACAGCUACAAAGUGGACACCUUAAGAUGGUUUGCUCUGGACCUCAGCUGUGCUUUCAAAUUAUUAAUCAGUGAAACCCUAAAUAUGUAUAGUGUGAUUAAGGACUAAUCAUAGAUUGUUUAUUUUAAAGGUCUUUGGAAAUAUUUUUAUAUAAAAAUAAAACGCUAGCUAGAAAAA